UAUGCACUGUAGGCGGAUGUCAUGUCAACAUGGCCGUGGUGGUGUUUGUGGAUAAGCCCUAUUAAGACCUCAUUAAGACCAGGUUUAUUUUAAGGGAACAUUCCCCGGAUGUCGCGUGUUUGCUGGGAUGACAUUAGCAAUUGAAAUUGGGAAAAACAGCAGACAUUUGUACAAAAGAAUUGCUACUGUAUUUUAAGAUGGGGAGAGUUUGAACAAACAGUUUUGAGAAUUUCAAUUCUGAGAAGUCAUAAGACACAUAUGUUUUUAUAACCUGGGUUCAUUUUCUAUUUCCUGUAAAUAAUGUAAUUUCUCAAAUUGUAGGAAAAUGUGUGAAAUACCGACCUCUUAGGCUAAACGCUUAAGGAGGAGGGACUAAUACUAACAAUUUCACUUUCAGUGCGCUCUGACAUUGGAGGUGACAUUGGAGUGUGUCUCUGUAUUGUUUUAUUAUACUUAUAUUAUUUAUAUAUUUAAUACACAUAGCAGUGCUAUUAUAGACAGGACGACUGGAAUGUCGUAUCUUCAUGUCGUUUCUUUAUCUGGAUUAAAUCUCUGACGCUAUUGUCGCCAACCAACAAACACAAUUUAACGAAGCGUAGGCUACGAGAUGCAUCUAUGCAACUGCAGGAUAUGAGUGAGUUGCUAGCUGUGUGAACACCAUGUUGAAGACGACUGCACCCCAAUCAGAGGAGAGCAUGGUGAAGCUGGUGAUUACUGCUGUGAUCCUCCUCCUGACUGUGUCUGGGGUCUCUACUGGCUGUGCCCCAACUGAGUACCUCACAGGACAGAAGUGCUGCCCCAUGUGUAGACCUGGUUUUUGUGUGCAAAGACACUGCACAGAGUUCUUCAGCACAGAAUGUGUUCUGUGUCCGUCAUCAUUCUACACUGACACACUCAAUAAUCUGGAGUCUUGCAGUCCCUGUACAGUUUGUGACUCCAGUGCAGGUCUAAGAGUGAAGAGGGCCUGCAGCUCCACCUCAGACACACUCUGUGAGCCUCUGGAAGGUCACUACUGCACUGACCCAAUCAAAGAUGGCUGCAGAGGAGCUGUGGAACACACAAAGUGCUCAUCAGGACGGUACAUUAAACAGCCAGGCACAUCGUCUUCAGAUACUGUGUGUGGUGAGUGUGGUGAUAACACAUACUCAAAUGGAUCAUUCACAUCCUGCAAACCACACACACAGUGUGAGUUGCUGGGUCUUGAUGUCAUAAGAAAAGGAUCAACAUCUUCUGACACCGAAUGUGCUGAAAGAAAAAACACUGUUGCCAUCGUAGUCAGUGUAGUUGCUGUUAUAGUCCUCAUAUGUGGGGUUCUGGUUGGCCUCUUUAUAUUAUGGAAGAAGACCCAAACCAACAACCCCACCAGACAUAUUUUUGGAGAAAGACCUUAUUGGUCCAGUGUCAGAUCACAUUGUAACAACAGAGCUGCUUAUGAACCAGACAGUAUUGCAGGAUGGCCUGUUCUCAUCCUGGACCGACUGACCACUGUGUCCUGAAGGAGCUGAUGCAUCAUACCUCCUCACUACGCUACCUCACCUCCCCACUGCAGAGACCUGGUCAAGCCAGAGUGGACCUGCAUACCACAAGAGAACACUAUUUGGUGGGUCACAACUCUGGUGGGUCUCAUCACCAAGGGCGACGAGACUCAAUACAGGUUGGAGGUCGACCAUCUGACCACGUGGUGCAGGGACAACAACCUCCUGCUGAACGUCAGCAA